AUGUCACAGAUUUACCGAGAUGCUGAUUCACGCGGGGCCAAUAAAACCACAUUCGACCAGGAACAGGAUCAAGAUGGCGGCUCCGGCUCUCGGGUGCACAGGCUUACGUCAGAGCCGUACCACGAAGCCAACGAUGAUAGCUCCCUCUUCGUCCUCGGAAAUCCCGGAGACCGCGGCUCUGACAGGGCAGCAGAUCUCACCUCAUCAUCAGACCUCUUCCACGCUGUGCUCGCCGUGGGAGGCGCGUCGCUGGCAGCUGAUAUGGGUUUCUCUGUAAAUCACUGUGUUCACCACUCGCUGUUUGCUCCACCUCAGGCUCGUGGCGAGCUGGUGCACACCUGGAGAGUGUGUCACAGAAAGACCAUUCACACCUACGACCCAUUUAAAGUCACCACUGUGGGAGGAGGCCGGAGCACCCAGACAGGACCUAUAAGGACACUGGAGGAACAUGGGAACUCCACCCACAUGGCCCUGGCCGACCCAGACAGCAGUGUAGCGGGUCUGAGGGCGGGGGGAGGAGGAGGAGAGAGAGCCGCCGUGCUCCGGGCUCCUCCUGCACUGUUUUUGCGCGCAGCGAUGGAAGCGGUGCGCCUGCUCCCCCUCCUCCUCCUCCUGGGAUUCUUCGCGUCCUCGUCGGCGGUCUGGGACCUGGUGCUGCUCCACACCAACGACGUACACGCUCGUGUGGAGGAGACCGACGUUAACUCCGGGAAAUGCGGCGUUAACGGGCAGUGCUUCGCCGGCGUGGCCCGGAGAGCCACGGAGGUCAGCAGGAUCCGCAGCACCGAGAACAACGUACUGCUCCUGGACGCCGGGGACCAGUUCCAGGGUACCGUGUGGUUCAACUUCUACAAGGGGGCCGAGGCGGCACACUUCAUGAACAAGCUGCGCUACGACGCCACGGUUUUUGGGAACCACGAGUUCGAUAACGGAGUCGAAGGACUCAUGAAACCAUUCCUGGAACAGAUCAAGUGUCCCAUUCUCAGUGCUAACAUCAAACCGGACCACACUCUGAACGCAACGUUUGGGAUCACUUAUUUACCUUAUAAGAUAUUUACCAUUGGCAGAGAGAAGGUGGGCGUGGUGGGGUACACCACACAGGAAACACCAGCUCUCUCCAAGCCUGGACCUCACCUGCAGUUCCUGGACGAGGUGACCUCUCUACAGGUACAGGUGGACAAACUUCGGACUCUGGGGAUCAAUAAGAUCAUCGCUCUCGGUCACUCUGGCUUCACUGUGGAUCAGAAGAUUGCCAAGAAGGUCCGUGGGGUCGACGUUGUCAUCGGCGGACACACCAACACGUUCCUGUAUACAGGAACUCCUCCUUCUACUGAAGUCCCAGUCGGUACGUAUCCCUUCAUGGUGACCUCAGAGGACGGGCGAAAGGUUCCUGUUGUGCAGGCCUACGCCUUUGGAAAAUAUCUGGGUUAUCUGAAGGUCUCUUUUGAUGAUGCUGGGAAUGUAGUCGAGUCAACUGGAAACCCCAUCCUCCUGGACAGCAGCAUCAAACAGGAUUUGGAGGUGCUGGCUGAUGUGGAGGAAUGGAAGAAGAAUCUGGCCAACUACUCGGCUCAGGUGGUGGGAAAGACUCUGGUCUUCCUGAACGGGUCGACUCAGGAUUGCCGCUUUAAGGAAUGCAACCUGGGAAACCUCAUCUGCGACGCCAUGCUCGACAACUACAUCAGCUUCUCAAAUGAUGUCCAGUGGAACCACGUCAGCGCCUGCAUCUUGAACGGAGGAGGCGUUCGGGCAUCUAUCGACGAGCACACGAGGAAUGGUUCAAUCACAAUGGAGGACCUGAUAGCCGUCUUACCCUUUAGCGGAACCUUUGACCUGGUGGAGCUAAAGGGCUCCACGCUGAGGAAAGCUUUCGAACACUCGGUGGGAAGAUACGGCCAGAGCACCGGAGAGUUCCUUCAAGUGUCCGGAAUUCGUGUAGAAUUUGACCUCUCCAAACCGCCGCAGCAUCGUGUCAAAAGCCUCAGCAUCCUUUGCACCAAAUGCCGCGUUCCUGUCUAUGAACCCGUCGAGAAUGAGAUGGUUUACAAGGUGGUGCUGCCGUCAUACAUGGUGACAGGAGGCGAUGGAUUCUCGAUGAUCAAAGACGGGUUCCUAAAACAUAACAGCGGGGAUUUGGACAUUUCAGUCGUGUCAAGAUACAUCACACAAAGAAAACAAGUUUAUCCCUCUGUCGAAGGACGCAUCAAGCUGUACAACUCAGCUGCUGGACUUGAGGGCCAAACAGCUUCCCUGGUUUUUAUGGUUUCACUCGUGCUUCUCUGGAGUUUCCGUGGAAACAUCUAACUUUUAAAAACUGUUUUCAAAGGCAGUGAAACCACGAUGGAUUAAAAUAACACCCUGAUGUAAUCAUGUAGGACCGGAAAACUUUCUUCAUAAAACCCUGACAUUAAUGACUAAUAUUUUUUUAUAACGAAAAGGGAAGCCCCAUGUCAGUGUGGUAAUAUCUUUCGCUUCCAUCUAGGGACAAAUUUGGACAAAAGCAUAAAAAACGCAGCCAAGAGUUGAAACAAGUGCUGCGGUUUCUCCAGUAAUCACUGGCAGCCUCGAGGGGAAAAAAGUGCUGUGGUCAGAAGAAAAUGUGUAAAUAUCUUUUGUGUGUAGUUAUAACUCUCGUCCUCCGUAUACUUUGGCCUCAAAAUGAAAUCAGCACCAACAAGGCUUUUUGUGUUUGAUGUUUUUUAAGCUCUGCUAACUGUGAGAUCCGGAGGAACCAUCAGACUCCCCCACACCACACCAUUAGCCAGAUACCUGCCUACUGUGGCAGAUGCACAGUGGUAUUAAUAUUUUGCACAUUUGGGUAGUGACGGGUAUUGCACUGCUAAGCUGGACAGCGCCACCAUUUCAUAAUAAACAUAUGGUAAAAACUGA